GGGAAUGGAUCUUUGACCAACGCCGCAAAUCCCAUUCAUGAAUGCAUUUUCUAUUGUCCGGCGUGGCUCACUGAGCAUGAGCACAUGCUUUUAAUGCAUCUGUUUCGGCCCACAUAAAGUCCCUUCUGCUAUUGAACAUGGCCCUUUUGAGGUAGCUAUUGUUUCCGCAGACCACAAUAGCCGCUUUGAGCGAUCGUCGCCUGGCCAACCUCGUCGGCGCCGACAUCCUUCGCACAAGAAUGAAUUCCGACGCGAGGCGGGUUCUGAGCCAGUUCGACGCCUUCGAAAGUCUCGAUCUGUACCAGUACUACCAGUACUACGCUGACGGACAACUUCGAAACCGGUUUGCCAGCGCAAGCCUCAUCGUCAGCGUCUUCGUGCUCGCCAUUACCGUACUGUAUCAGCUUGCCUUCCAACAGGGCUGGCUCCGCUCGCUUGCUCGGCUUCUCUGGGACGCCCUGGUAGUUGCGAUUCCCGCUCGCGUUCUCUUCGCUGUUGACCGCUUCCUCCAUCCGUCUCUCUUCCCGGCCGACAUGCUCAGAUCUCAGCAGCCCGCGCGGGCCGCCAAGAGCGAUGCGCUUCAAAGGAUCCUCGGCAUGAACAACGCGUCGGGGAUUCUUAGCUCCGCUUCCCAGGCUGGGCGAAGAGGCUUUAACAGUCUGUCUAACGCCGCUGCGGGGAGUAGAGCGGCGGGAGAUCGGCCGCCUGGGCUGGGCAACUAUGACAACUCCUGCUACCAGAACAGCAUCCUCCAGGGUCUGGCAUCGCUGAAGCCGCUCCCGGCCUAUCUCUCCGCAGUUUCGGGGGGAAAGGGAUCGCAUCCGAGUCCGACCCGAACCAUCGACACCCUCCGCGACUUGAUGACCGAGCUCAGCGGUCCAUCCAGCAACGGCAGGACUCUUUGGACGCCCAAGGUGCUCAAAACCAUGAGCACCUGGCAGCAGCAGGACGCGCAGGAGUACUACUCAAAGCUCCUAGACCAGAUCGACGGCGAAAUUGCGAAGGCUGCCCGCGCUCUCCAAGAUUCGCCAGGAUUCGAAUCCGACUCGGCCUCCCACGACACUGAGAGCAAUCGCCACAGCGACGACAGCGGGUAUUCUAGCCUCGGAGGGCACUCCAGAACCGGAUCCGAACCGCGUUUCGCCCGGAACCCGCUUGAGGGCCUGGCAGCACAACGCGUGGCAUGCGUCAAUUGCGGUUAUUGCGAGGGGCUGACCAUGAUCCCCUUCAACUGCCUGACGCUGACGCUCGGCAACCUUCCGGAGCACGAUUUGUACGAGAGACUGGAUCACUACACCAAAGUCGAGGCAAUCCAGGGGGUUGAAUGCCCAAAAUGCUCCCUGCUCUUGUGUCGCAACGCAGUCAAGGCUCUGGCUGAGCGCACCGGUGAUGUUCCGGAAAUCCGUCAGAGACUGCAAGUGCUGGAAGAGGCGCUUGAGGCGGAGGCCUUUGACGAAGAAACUUUGACAACCAAAUGCAAAAUCACGGCAAAGGCGAGAGUAAGCUCGACGAAGACGAAACAGGUCGCUCUGGCUCGGCCCCCGAAGAGUUUGGUAUUCCACGUGAACCGAUCAGGAUUCGACGAGGCGACCGGCUACAUGUUCAAGAAUUCGGCGGCCGUCCGCUUCCCCAUGACGCUAGACUUAGGGCCCUGGUGUCUGGGCAGCGCCGGGGCCCCGGCCAAGCUCCCAGGGGAAGACAUAGCGGCUGAGGACAUCGAGCGAUGGACGCUGGACCCUAAGGCAUCCAUGGUCGCAGGAGAUCGGCGGCCGUCCAGAAUCACGGGACCGAUAUACGAGCUACGCGCGGUGGUGACGCACCACGGGCACCACGAGAACGGCCAUUACGUUUGCUACAGGAAACAUCCCGCCUCCUCAAUUCCGACUGCCAGCAAGCGUGAAGGCCAAGCCGACCUCGCAUUCGAGGGGGGCGUAACGGAGGUGGACCGUGAGGCCGACGCAACGAGCGAGGCAAAUGGGUCGGCUCCCGACCAGGAUGGACAGCCGUCCCGGUGGUGGCGUCUCAGCGACGAGGACGUUACCAGGGUGGAUGAGGAAACCGUGCUCUCUCAAGGCGGCGUGUUCAUGCUCUUCUAUGACUGCGUGGAACCUGCGGCGGUGUUGGUUCCAGCGGCUCACAAGUCUGUCGCUACGGAGAAUGCCGUCCUGGGCAUCGAGGUUCUGGAUGGGAAUGCGACGCAGGCCGAGGCACAGGAGAUGGAUAGCAGCGCGUUGACGGGCUUGGGAGAUGGAAUGGAGCUCGACGACGUGCUCUCCCGACCAGGCACAGCUGUUGCGACGGGUGUGUCUUUCCCCAGCCCGGGGGUGGACGAGACGUUCCUUGACAGCCCUGGAGUGGGGGAAACGGUUUGCGAGCCCCGGGUCUCAUCCCCCGCCAGCGAGGCUUCCACGAGAAGCAGCACGCCGGUCUUUUGGACUGGGAAUUCGGCGCAGGAUCAGGAGACGGGCUCAGUUUGUUCAGGGACUACGGUGGUUGCCGAGGAGGAGUAUGCAUUCCCGCAAUAUGCUUUUCCAGGCAGCGAAGUACACGCUACCGCAGCGUAGUACGGUCGGAUUCGGUGAUUUUCCGUAUGCAUAGCGACUGGCGUUUUGGCUCAGGGACAAGCUUUGGACCGCCCUUCCCUUUCGAGGCGCGUGUCGGCUGGGUCGGUUGGG